CAAAUUGAAGCAAGGAAGCUGGGAUCAAAGUCAGCUGAAGCUUUGCAUGAAUGCAGAGCUGAAUGAAGCUGAAACUGAAGCACCAUCACCACCCUCAAGUAAUAGCAAUGCUGUACUGCAGCGGAAUGCCUUCACCACCAGAACAUUUGCCAUCACAUUCAGGAAACCACCUGUCUCCUACAAUUUCAUCUGAAAAUUCUGCAAAUCCAAAAGAUGUGCACACUUUAAUACACAGGGUAAAGGUUGUAGAAGAUCUUGUGGCUGUGUUCAUGGAUAGCAGCAUAACUAAAUCUACAUUGACAAUAGAAUUUGUAAACGAUGAUGCUGGAGUGUCCAGAGAAGUUUACACUGCAUUCUGGGGUCAGUUCCUUGAACAGUGCAAAAGGGAAGAUGAGCGGGUCCCUAGACUAAGACCAGACUUUUCUGAAGCUGAAUGGGAAGCAGUAGGAAGGAUCUGGGUAAAAGGAUUACUUGAUCUCGGUGUGUUGCCAGUGAGGCUUUCCAGUGUAUUCAUUUUAGCGUGCAUGCAUGGAAUUGACUCAGUCAAUGUUGAUGUCCUGAUGUCAUCCUUCCAAAACUAUCUCUCUUCAAUUGAACGAUCUGCCGUUGCAAAGGCUCUUCAAGGCACACUGGAGGAAUGUGAUGAAGAGGACUUGCUUGACCUCUUUACAAGAAUGGGCUCUCAUUGUAUCCUUCCAAAAAACACCAUAAAGGCUGCCAUACAAACAAUGGCUCAUAAAGCCAUUCUUCAAGAUCCCAAGUAUAUAAUAGAUUGCUUCUCCAAAACCAUGCAAUUUGCACUGAUGAAAAUACCAGACAAAGAAAACCUAGUGUCUCUGUAUGACACAAAGAAGGCCACUGGCAAAAAAGUGGCACUGCUACUUCAAACAUCACAGGUGAUUCGCUCUCAGAAAGAACAGAUGGUAUUCAAUCAUAUGCAACGUUAUGUUAGAAAUGCUGACCAAAGCAAAGCAGAAAAAUUUCAACACUUCUGCACUGGUUCUUCUGUUAUAUGUGUUGAUCAAAUCAAGGUAAGCUUCAAUGCAGAAUCUGGCCUCAGCAGAAGGCCAGUUGCUCAUACUUGUGGAGCUACUCUUGAUUUACCAUAUAAUUACAGUUCUUACCCAGACCUCCGCACAGAGUUUGAUAACAUUCUGUCCAGUGAUUACAUUGAAAUGGACAUCCUGUAAAUUUGUUUACAUUGGCUUGUUGUAACAUUCAGUUUAGUUUAUUCCAAUAGGUUUGGAGUUUUCUAAUAAGUGGUUCUCUUAUAUGGUACCAUAUGGUUUGUUCUCCUCAAAGCAUAGCACCAGAACUGUACUCUGAGUACUGUUGAAUUUGAGUUUUAUUGUUGCAUGUGUUUUGUUUACACAGAAAAGAAGAAAUUUAAGUAUGAUGUUUUGAAAUAUACUCUGUACCGGUAUGUUUAAUUUAGGCUACUAUGCAAAGUAUUG